UGGAGCCAGACGAUUCCGAAACAGACCACAAUUUCAAAGCCAUUCCGCAAUCUACACUUCAUAUCUUUAGGCGCUCAAAUGGCUCGGACCAAGCAGACCGCUCGCAAGUCCACCGGAGGAAAAGCUCCCCGGAAGCAGCUGGCGACGAAAGCAGCCAGGAAGUCAGCCCCGGCGACCGGAGGUGUGAAGAAGCCCCACCGUUUCCGCCCAGGAACGGUUGCCCUGAGGGAGAUCCGGAAGUACCAGAAAUCCACAGAGCUUUUGAUCCGAAAGCUUCCAUUCCAGAGACUUGUUCGGGAAAUCGCCCAGGAUUUCAAGACCGAUCUGAGGUUCCAGAGCAGCGCUGUGUCGGCUCUCCAGGAGGCCGCCGAGGCUUACCUGGUUGGACUCUUUGAGGACACAAACCUCUGCGCCAUUCAUGCUAAGAGGGUUACCAUAAUGCCCAAGGAUAUGCAGCUUGCCAGGAGGAUUCGCGGAGAGAGGGCUUAAUCCCCAACUCUUAUGUAUUCUUUUGAUUUGCGUUUCCUAGUAUUAAGAUCUCCUAGCUGUUUGUCACAGUAUGCUUCUUGGCUUGCAAGGCGGUGUAUUAAGUUCAUGUAAAUCUUUGUGGACUUGGGUUUGGUUGUGUAAUCGUUCACCAGUAUCUGCUUAGUACAACUUCAGUUUAACUAUGUCAAUGAAAUUUGCCGCAUUUCUUCUUUAUGUUUUUGCACUCCUGAUGCUAGUCUCAAUUUCACAUAAUGGAUUUGCAUUUUGUACGUAGUAUUGUACAUCUGGAUUGUUUAAUGUGAUUCUUUAAGCCUGUCAUGGCAUC